CGGAGUUUACCAACACUAUCGUUUUUGUGGGUUUCGUUGUUGGACUUCAUUUCAUAAUUCGCUAAACAGACUAAGUAAAUUAUCCGCACGAAAUGGAACUUUCCGAGGGAGUCAAGGAGCGCCUGGGAGUUGUUGUUGGCGCCGUGCAGACGGGAUUCCACUGGGGAUUUGUUCCCCUUGUCCUGUAUUUGGGCUUUAUGAAGGGAGCUGAGCCCGGCAUGCCGCCGUUGAACGUCUUCAGCCUGUUGUGGCAAUAGAAAAUGGCCAGCCGACCGAAACAUGACCAUUUUCCCGUCGCGUGCCCCGCAUUUUGAUUCUGAUUGGAUUCCUGGGCUCUUGCGCAGUACCUGCAGUUAUUGGAAAUAAAUUUAUGUUACAAAAAAUUCAAA